CUCAGGGGCCUAUAGCGACGGAGGUUCUUUGCACUCGAGCACUGACUAUCACUGACAAAAGCGGAGCCUGUUUAUCGUCGAGCAGAUAUAGGUGCCUGCUUAGACUGCCUCAUUGUCUCACAUCGUCACACAACAAAUCCAGAUCCGCUCAGCAUCACCGGACCAUGCACUACGUUCGGUUUCUUCGAGCUCCCAAGGUGGCGCCUGGCAGAGGCAAUAGGCUUCAGAUACAGCUUCUGUUUACAAUCACGACAGAUCUAGGGGACUCGUUCCUUUACCCACAGAAGUUCCUUGACCUGCAGGUCACUGCCUCAGCCUCCUCCUCCACAGGCACGUCGACAUGGCUCCUCUCAGACCCAGGACGACUCUACUGGGAACCGGGUAUGCGCGUAGCAAAGCCUACUCUCGAACUUCCGGUUGCCUUUGAGAGAGCUGUCCAAGCAGGCGUUAGGAUUCAGCUUUGUGUCCGAGCAUCGGAGCCGUCUCAACAUGCAGACGGGGCGGCCAAGAUCUUAGCAAUCGCGUCGGAGAAGCCGAGGUACCGGAAGGAAGCGACCAGGAUGGGGGCGGUGAUGCCGGCGUGGAUUUCGCUGAAUCUAUCCGGCAGGGAUACAGAGGUGUCUAUGCGGAGGCUUCAGGUCAGCGACUCAGCGACUGGCUUCGGCUACGUCGAGGUGGAGGAGGAGAUCGGGGAGAGCAUCGCGCGCCACGUUUGGGAUGCCGGUGUGGUAGCGCUCUGCGCCAUUGCGGGGAUCGACACAGCACCUGAGAACGAGUCCAGUAAGCACCCAUGCAUGAGAGCGCUGGGUGGCUUGUUCGGCAGUCGGAAGGAAAUCAAUGUCUUGGAAUUGGGCUGCGGGGUUGGGAUCUUGGGAGUUGGGCUGGGAGCGGUCUAUCCUAAGCUUUCUCAAGGACAAUGUACGAUUCUCUUGACCGAUCUCCAAGAGGCGGAGGCUCGGGCUCGAUCGAACAUUGCACGUCUCAGCCCCCAGGCCUCAGAGUCCGAAGAGCCGCAGGUUCGCAUGCUGUACGAGAACCUGGACUGGGAGGAUGGCAGGCAGGGUCAAUUCGGGAGGGAAGCUGGGUCGCGUGCUUGGGAUCUGGUUAUGCUCAGCGACUGCACUUACAACGUCGAUAUGCUUCCCGCGUUGGUCGAGACCCUAUCCGCCAUCCAUUCGUCUAAUCUGAAGCAAGUCCCUGGCGAGCCGUUUACCACCAAAGUCUUCCUGGCUACCAAGCCGCGUCACGCCUCCGAGCGAGAAUUGUUCGAGUUGAUGGAGAAGGAGGGCUGGGAGACACUGCAUAAGCAGGUGCUACAAUUGCCUGUUCUUGGCGCGGAGCCGGAAUCUGUCGAGCUGUACCUCUUCGAUAAGUCUAGUUUGAUCGAUGAGAGCAGGUGAUAGGCGCCCGCUCGACAAGACAUCGGUGGUAU